AUGGCUAGAUUCCUUGUUUCUAUUGCGGCUCUGCUGCCGGCGGCCUUGGCUGCAGCGACACCCUUCAACGUCAAUUCCGCCCGAAGUACUUGCACAGUGAAGCAGUAUGCCGAUAUUGCUAACGCCGUUGCGACCUGCACGGACAUUGUCCUCGAUUCCAUUGCUGUGCCGGCUUCGAGUGCAAUUGAUUUGCAGAAGCUCAAGUCUGGUGCUACUGUUACAUUCUCCGGCAAGACUACUUUUGGCACCACUGCUGAUAAUGACUUUGACCCUAUCAUCAUUUCCGGAACCAGCGUUACCAUCACUGGUGCUCCCGGCCAUGUCAUUGAUGGCAACGGUCAAGCAUACUGGGAUGGCGAAGGGUCCAACAAUGCUGAUAACCCCAAGCCGGAUCAUUUCAUUGUUGUAAAGAAAACUUCGAAAGCCAAAAUCACGAAUCUCAACAUUCAGAAUUGGCCAGUCCAUUGUUUCUCAAUCACUGGAAACACAGACUUGACCAUUUCCGGGUUAACACUGAACAACGCUGCUGGCGAUCAACCCAAUUCGAAAAGUGGUGGAAAGCCGGCUGCACACAACAGUGACGGCUUCGAUAUUUCGUCAAGCGACGGCGUCACUUUGGACAACAUCAACGUCCAUAACCAGGACGACUGCGUUGCGGUUACCUCUGGUAGCCGUGUUACUGUCUCUAACAUGUACUGCUAUGGCGGUCACGGCCUCAGUAUUGGCUCUGUUGGCGGCAAGAGCAAUAACACCGUCGAUGGCGUCACGUUCUUGAACUCGCAGGUCGUCAAUAGUGAAAAUGGCUGCCGAAUCAAGUCCAACUCCGGUACCACUGGCACAAUAAACAACGUCACCUAUCAGAACAUCACUCUUUCAGGCAUCACUACCUUUGGCAUCGAUGUUCAACAGGACUACCUCAACGGUGGUCCUACUGGCAAGCCCACGAACGGCGUCAAGAUCUCCAAAAUCAAGUUCAUCGGCGUCACGGGAACGGCCACUAGCUCCGCGUAUAACUACUACAUCCUUUGCGGAGAUGGCAGUUGCUCCAACUUCUCAUUUUCCGGCACCCACAUCACUGGAGGUGGCAAAGGUGGUAGCUGCAACUAUCCUACCAGCACCUGCCCUACUUAG